GCCAACAAUUAUUUACAAUCAACAUGGGCAGGAGAGCAGCUGGUUUUCUUCUUUUUCGUCGCCUGUGUGGACAAAUUGAAUAUUUGUUGUUAAAAGCUUCGUAUGGCGACUUCCACUGGAGCGCACCUAAAGGUCAUGUGGAUCCCGGCGAAGAUGAUUUUACCACUGCCCUGCGCGAAACAAAGGAGGAAGCCGGUUAUGACGAAAAGGAUUUGAUUAUCUACCGGGACAAGCAAGUCACACUGAAUUACGAAGUCAAAGGAAAACCCAAGAUAGUUAUUUAUUGGCUAGCGGAGCUUCGAAACCCAAACCAGCCCGUCAUUCUAUCCGAGGAGCAUUCAGAGCUUAAAUGGUUGGCCAAAGACGCGGCAAAGGAUUUGGCGGGUUUCAAGGACUACCAGGAGAUGAUCGAUAAGUUCCAUGCUAUGAUACUAGAUAUGGACAAAUAAAAUUGGAGAACUAUCGAUAGCUAAGCCAAUAUAUCUUAUACUUUAUGUGUCCCGCUAUCGAUAGUAAUCCAGUGGAGACUUAAAACUUUCUUUCCCCUAUUUGAAAAUAAAAUUAUAAUGAUCAUAAAAGA